CAACAAGGCCACCACUGCCAUGACUGUGACGCACUUCCUACCCCGAAUAUGACGAGCAAAAACAAAAAAAAAAGAGAAACACGCAAUAACAAACUUAUUUGCACAUGUGGAGUAUUUCCCAGGCUUCCUGGACUUUCUCCUCCUCCAGUAGCGGCCCGCACUUUGUCCUGCGCGUCUGCUCCGCUGGUGGAGGACGAGCAUGGGAUCCCCGCUCACCAGGCAGCCGGCGUUCCUCUCUCUCGUCCUGUUCUCUGUACUUGUGUCCGUGCUGGUGGAUUGUCGAGCGAUGCUCAUGAACGUCAAGCAGCGACCACAAGAAACGCAGCAGAGGCGCUUCCACGCGGGGACGCGCGCAGAGAGCGUCACUGCUGUGGGUCGUUUCUACCUGGAGCUGAGGAAACCAGUCAAAAGAGGCAUCAGUAAAUACUUUGGCGUUAAUUUGCCAGUGGGAACAGACAGAGUCAACGUUGUGUCUAUAAAGAAGCGGCUCCUCUGUAUCAACUCAAAGAGGAGGCUGUACAACUCUAGGCAAAAGGACACGGACGACUGCCUCUUCUACCACAUUUGGUUGGAUCUGAUGAAGCACCGGGCAGCGUUUGACCCCACAGGCAGGUCUCGGCUGCUCCAUAUGAUGAAGGCAGAGUUCCACACCGCUCACAAACCGCCUGACGCCUCCUCCGCCCCCACGGAGCCCUCAGUAAAACGGAAGCGAAGGAGCGAGGAGGUGAACCCCUCAGAUCCGUUAGGGUCACACCCACUUCCCUCACAUGCGGCCAAAUACAGCAAAGCUCCAGCUCACGGGCAGCACGAGCAGGACCAGGCCGGUGCCGUGUCCAAAGAAACCAUCGCGUCCUGUGACGACCCGCUGCGGGUUCUGCAGUCGCAGGGGCCCGUCAGCCCUGUCAAGACUAACAUUGCAGAGUGGGCAGAACCGCACUAGGGCGUCCUGUGUUAUGUCACGGUGUCUGUACAGGUCUGUACCUGUAGGUGCUUCGCGUUUGUCGAUUGCACAGAGCGAGAGAAUGCUUUUAUAAAAUCCUUGGAUCAAUUAUUAUAAUAAUUUUUUUUUUUAGAACCGAACUGUUUCCUCUGUUACAUCAGCACAGGUCAUCUGUUGAAAUAGCAGAUGAAGGAUGAGUUUGGCAACAUUUGACAUAAUCACAAAACAAAUUUGUCCUUCAACCUCCUUCCCCAGUUAAAAUUUAAACCUGGGAACAGAGGUUGUAAUGUAAUUAUGAAUAUUUAUGCACAAACUACAACCAGCUGGUUUGUACCAUUGUUACUAAAGAAAAUACUUUCACAAUAAAAGAUGUCAGGUGCUGGACACCGGUCGCAGCAGAGAAAUGGUAUUUAUUUAUUAAAGGUGUUAAUUGCUUUAUUUCUUUAACAUUUGUAAUAAUAAUCUGUUUAUGCAGAAGUGAAAAUAAAUAUAUCUACUCUG